ACAUAAACAUCAAAACAAUGAAUAUUUAAACAACAAUUUAACUCACUCCGAAUCAGCACCUUUUAACAGUUUUAACCACCGCUCACUCCCACAUUAAAAUUUAAAAAUGCCUCACCUACUAAAAACCCUCUCCCUCCUCCUUCUCAUAAUAACCACCGUAACAACCGCCCAGCUCCAGCCACCCGGCACCCCUCCUCCCACCACUCAAUCCUCUGAAAACGAGAAACCAACAGCAAAAUUAAUGAGCAAAUCAAAAUCCAUCCCGAUAACGUAUGAAACGGAUUUUUGGUAUGAUUUGAGCAAGUUGAAAAUAAAAAAGAAAAUGGGGAAUUUCACCAAGUUGUGCGUUCAAGGGAUCUGGCUCCUCUACGACAACAAGGACUUCCAAGGAAGGACCAAGCAGGAAGUGGGCGUCGUUUCCGGAGACGACACCUGCGUCGACCUGAAAAAUUACGGCCACCUGGGUUCGAUCCAACGCGUCUCCCCUUCCCGGACCCCACCAACGCUCGCCUUUUUCCCUGAGAGGAACUUUAACGGACCCGUUUGGGCCAUGGAUCAAUCGAAUGGACCGCUCCCCCCCACGCCCUCCACCUCCUUAAUAAUCUACGGCCCAGAGGAAUGGACCCUCCACCCCCUGGGCUCCCCUUCACCCAUCUGCCUCUCUCCGCAGGGAGGAAAAUCCCUCCGCCUCCCAAUCUGCUUCAUCUCCAAAUUAAUCGAUGGGAAAAACAUAAAAUCCGGAUCUUUUUAUAAAAUCAAACUCGGAUGCGAUUCCAAAACGAAGAAAAUCAACAUUCAUUUCUGCAUGGAUUAUUUUAAUGGGAAAUCAACAAGGGUUUUGGACGUCGCUCACGCCCUCCAAGGACGCGGAAUCGAAGAGGAAGAAGACUCCACCUCCACCUUCCUCCCCACCGCCCCAAUCACCACUCCACCCACCAGCUGCCCCCCCACGGUCCCCUCCCUCCUCACGGACAAGGAGAUAAAAACCCUGAUGGAAACCCGCUUAAACCCCCGCUUCCCUGGAGAAAACUACAUCUGGCCACGCUCACCCGACUCAAUUUGGACCUGCUGGAGAACAUUUUCCUCGUCGCGAUGAAAACGUGUCCCAUCGUUUCCCCCACUUAUUUAGACUACAUUCGCGAAUAUUUCAUUUACUUUUGGGAUAAAACACAGCAGAAAAAUGCCAUAAUUUCAGACUUCGACUGGAGAGAGUUGAAUAUGCAGUUGGACGGGUGCAUUUUGGAAGCGGUGGAUGAUCAGGUUGCUUAACAUCAUUAAAAUAUUUUUCUAAUCUCAUAAGUCUCUCUUCCAGACCCCCCUCUCGGCCUACACCCUGGUCCAAUCCCCCACCGAAGUGGACCACAUGAUUGACCCAAUGUACCAACUGAACCCAAAUUACGACCCAAUUAUAGAAAUGGUUUGGCUAGUUGGGAACCACGCCGCCGCCACGUGUCACGCGUCAUUAGGAUUCAUCGACGGGUUUUGGCCCAAUUUCAUCAACACUUUCCAAGAAAUGUUUCUCGUCCAUGUCGGAAAACAAUGGACCACCCCCGGGAAGCUCCACUCUGUGUACAAAUACCUCCUCGGCGGCUACGGAAUAAAAUCCAUGCACAACAAAAUGGCUUUGUGCGCCACGAUUUCCAACCAAAACAUAAUAAAUUUAGACCCUUUUG